GCAUAAGCUAUUUCCACAGAGUCCUGGCCGCGAGGGGGGUGGUGCUUGGGAGGUUAGAGGGAGACACCUAGAGUGAACGGCGAAAUGGAGCACAGAAUACCGUCUGGCUGUGCACGUGGAGGUGGCGAAAUGUGGAAGCUUAACGAAGUUGGCGCCAUGAAGCUAAAGACUGCUACCCCAGGGCUCUACCUCGCUCCGCCUAAUGGCGGGCCGCACCCCGCCGGCGAAGCCCACGUUUGUAGGUCCGCCCUCACGCUGAUCUCUUGCCCAAUCAGCGAGUUCGAGGUUGGUGUCCAUUGGCUUUCGCAUAAAAGCUCCGAGGUUACAGACGUUUCCACCUCUUGCCGGCCUCUUAGGUAAUUGGCGUCCGUGGUAACCAAUCAGGAAGAGGAUCUGCGGGAACGCCGGCCUUUUACUUUCUUGAGUGGCCAAUCCGGUUGUAGUCUCACCUCCCCCCUCUACCCAGAGCCACUGCUGCGGCCGCCGCCAUUUUAGCGUUUUGUCAGAAGCGUCCGCGCCGCGAGGAGGAGGCCCUGCUGGUUUCUGUGCGGGUGAGACUCCGAGCCCUUCCACUGCCUUUCUUGUACUCUGUGAAAUCUUACCUCACUCCCUUGGGCUUCGGGCGUGUCCUGGUAGGUUCGCAGCCUCCACACCCGUCACUGAGAGCCGACCUCGGUCCUCGGCAUUGCGCGGCUCUUGUCAGGAUGGUGAAGCUGUUCAUCGGAAACCUGCCCCGGGAGGCUACAGAGCAGGAGAUUCGCUCACUCUUCGAGCAGUAUGGGAAGGUGCUGGAAUGUGACAUCAUUAAGAAUUACGGCUUUGUGCACAUAGAAGACAAGACGGCAGCUGAGGAUGCCAUACGCAACCUGCACCAUUACAAGCUUCAUGGGGUGAACAUCAACGUGGAAGCCAGCAAGAAUAAGAGCAAAACCUCAACAAAGUUGCAUGUGGGCAACAUCAGUCCCACCUGCACCAAUAAGGAGCUUCGAGCCAAGUUUGAGGAGUAUGGUCCGGUCAUCGAAUGUGACAUCGUGAAAGAUUAUGCCUUCGUACACAUGGAACGGGCAGAGGAUGCAGUGGAGGCCAUCAGGGGCCUUGAUAACACAGAGUUUCAAGGCAAGAAAACCCCUGUGACAGAAGGCUGUAACAAACUGUAACUGUUGCUGUAACAAAGGGCAUACAUACAUUUUCAAGAACUGCAAUUUAAGUUUGGGGUCCAGGAAAAGCAGAAGAUGCUGAGAUGUCAUAUAUGGCGAAUUACACUAUUCUAAAUGUGUUUCGUUUUAAUCUUUCACAGUAAACAAGCUUUCAGAAAUGAUGGUCACAAGGGGUAGGAUAUCAAGGAGCAGCCAGUCAUUCACCCAAUUCCAACACACCUACAUGUCACACUGUCACAGAGUGAGAGCCACAGUUCCAGUAGUUCCCCUAAUUGACCAAAUCUCCCUUGCCAAAUCAAAAGAAGAAAUCAUUCCUAGAAUUCUCUAAUCCUUCUAUUGAUGAUGGGAACUCCAGACACCAAUGGCUGGGGGAAAAAAAAAGUUAACUCACACCAAGUUCCUCUACUUAUUACAGACAAAGGGCCAAAUCUUGGUCUUGAUCUGUGCCAAUCGACUUCAAAAGUUGUGACGUUCUUGGAUCAGUUCUGCUAGGGUGAGACCCGAAUUUGGAUCCCCAACAGUUCUGGAGUAUUUCAUCCUGGCAGCCUCAUUAACAUCAGGCUCCUGGGACUGCAACCAACUCAGGGUUAUUCAGUCCAUUUGAGGUUCACACCUGGAAGGUAAGUUUCUUUAAAAGUCAUCGCUAAAAAGAGGUUAGUUGAACAACCACUGCUUGCAGUCAAAAUUCAUUUUAAAAUGUCCUAGCAAUACCUUUUGAAGACCACAAUAUAUGAAUUUAAUAUUUAACUUUGAAACAUAAGAGAGACAGGUUAUCUGAUAGAUUUAUACCAGCUUACUUCGGAAGCAUAUCCCACCUCAUGCUAGAUCCAGCUGCAUUAAAAGUAAAAAUUAAUGGCAAACUAUAAAUUUUAAGAUCAUUUGCUUCACACAUAGCUGCAUGGUGGUCUCAAGAGAUCUCAAUUCUUGCUGACAUGCAUAUAGGGUACAACUUAUUACAGGUUCAUAACAUUUGCUUCUCAAUUCACAUAAAAGAGCAAAUUCCUAUGGCUUUGCUUUUUAAUUUUUUUUUUUUUUUUUUAAAGAGAGAGAGGAGCCACUCUUGCCCAGGCUGGAGUGCAAUGGCUAACUGCAGUCUCUCACUCCUGGGCUCAAGGGAUCCUCCAGCCUCAGCUUCCUGAAUAGUUGGGACUACAGGCACGAGCCACUGUACAGAGCUGCUUUGUUAUCUUCUACGUAUAUACCAAAGGGAUAAGUUAGGAACACCAGAAACUCAGUAGUAACUCACUUUAACCUUGCUUCUGGGGCUCCAAUUCAAGUGAUGCUCAAUUUCAAGGUACAAGGAAAACCAUGAGAAUAUAAAGUUGUCAUAAUGCCAUUUCCACUCAGAUGAAAAGAUUUAUCUAUCUUUAGAUACUCAAAAUUAUUCUUGGCAUUUUAGCACUUUUGGUACACAUUUCCUGAUGUAGGAAACAGUAAAAUUUCAGAGCCUAUGGCGUUGGCUUUCACCACCUAUGCAAUUUUCUACACAUCUGAAAAUUACCAGUUUAUCUAACUCCUUAAAUGUUCCUCUCUUCAACAACAAAAAACACAAAACAAAAAUUGCUGGAAGAAACAGGAAGCAUCCAGGUCUAAAUGACAGCAUAACAGGCUAUGAAGAAACAGGGCUUAAGUGCCCAUAUAGAACAAGAUGGUCUAGAUUACUAAUAAGGACUCCAUGGGACAGAACAUCAAAACAUUCAACUUUCAAGUAAAUGUCUUGGAAGUAAACAUUUAAAAUUUAUAGGACUUCCUCUGGCAUGUAGGUAUAUUAGAAGUCUCCUUUGACAAAGGACAGUGACCCAAGAAGUAGGUUUUUUUUUUUUUAAAGGAGAGACGGUCUCACUCUGUUGCCCAGGCUGGAAUACAGUGGUGUGAUCAUAGCUCACUGCAGCCUCUUUUCACUCCUGGGCUCAAGCGAUCCUUCCAACCUCAGCAUUCUGAGUAGCUGGGAUCACAGGUGCUCCCCAUCACACCCUGCUAAUUUAAUUUUCUUUGUAGAGACAGGGUCUUGCUAUGUUGCCUAGGCUGGUCUUGAACUCCUGGGCUCAAGUGAUCCUCCCACCUCAGCCUCCCAGUGUUAGGAUUACAGGAGUGAGCCACUGCCUCUGCCUUCAAGUAGCAGUUUUAUUAGCAAACUGUAAGCCUAAAGUAAUAGUUAAAAUUCUCACUGUGAUAUUCAUUACUCCCUGAACCUGUACCCUUCAGCUUAUCACUACAGUACUUCUGUAGUAGAGCGAGCAGAGCAUGGGUUUUGGUAUCAGACAGGCCUGAGUUUGAAUUCUGAUUCUACCUUUCAUUUACCAAAUGACUUUGGGCAAAGUACUUAACCUCUCUGAGCUUUAGUUCUCUUCUCUGUAAAAGAAUAAAAUAUUUCAGUCUUAUCGUAUAGAUGAUAUACAGAGGGCACAUAACAAAUGUUAGAUCUCUCAAAUGUUUUUCUGUAACCCAAAUAUGCUUACAACUGAUUAAAGAAUGUUCUAACAAA